AAACCAAUAUUUCGUGAAUCUCCGGAGCUUCACCCAAAAUAUUAUACAAAAAUGAAAGGGGGAAAAAAAAUAAAAAUUUGAGACAAGGAAACAGCGCCAGCAAGAACUACAACACCAAGAAGAAGCAGAAGCAACAGAGAAAGCCUUUAACUCUCUCCCUCUCUCUCUCUCUGUACCUCCCCUGCUUUUUCUGUCUCAACCGGGCUUUCUUUGUAGAAGAAAAACAGAGAAACAAGCAACUAAGAAAGCAAACAAUAGCACACCAAAAGCAUCAGAAAAACAGAGAAACAAGUAACUAAGAAAGCAAACAAUAGCACACCAAAAGCAUCUGUAUCACAUUGAAGAAGAAGAAGGAUAUGGGUAUUCUGCUUGACGAUGUGGUGAUCAUUAGAGAGUCGGAGAAAGAAGGUGACCCAAGCGUGAUUACAAUAAAUUGUCCUGAUAAGACCGGGUUGGGUUGCGAUUUGUGUCGCGUCAUUCUCUUCUUUGGUCUUAACAUUGUCAGAGGAGAUGUAUCAACCGAUGGGAAAUGGUGCUACUUAGUUUUCUGGGUGAUUGGGAAUUCAGAGACGAGGUGGAAUUUGUUGAAGACAAGGCUAGUGGAGGUAUGCCCUUCUUAUUCUUCAACUUCUGCAAUCUCCUAUUACCGCCCCGAAUUGCGGCCACCAGAGCCUCCUGAAGUGUUCCUUCUGACGUUCUGUUCUUAUGAUCGAAGAGGGCUUUUACAUGAUGUGACAAGGGUUCUUUGUGAACUUGAGCUGAUUAUAAAGAAGGUGAAGGUGUCUACCACUCCAGAUGGGAAAGUUAUGGAUCUGUUUUUUAUCACAGACACCAGGGAGCUUUUACAUACAAAAAAGAGAAAGGAUGAGACAUUUGACUCUCUAAGAACUGUUUUGGGGGAGGCCAUGAUAAAUUGUGAUCUCAAAAAGGUGGACUCCAAAAUUACUGCAUGUUCACAGGCAUCUUCAUUUCUUCCAUCUGCAAUCACAGAAGAUGAGUUUGACAUGGAAAUGCCCGAUGAACUCCCAAGUGGAUCACACACAUCGAGUAGUGUUUCCAUCAUGAUAGACAACUCAUUAAGUCCAGGUCACACACUAGUCCAAAUUAUUUGCCAAGACCAUAAAGGUCUUCUUUUCGACAUUAUGAGAACUUUCAAGGAUUAUAACAUUCAGAUUUCUUAUGGACGCUUCACUACAAAACAAAGAAGAAAUUGUGAGAUCGACCUUUUCAUCGUCCAAGCAGAUGGAAAAAAGAUAAUUGACCCAAGCAAGCAGAAAUCACUGACAUCUCGAUUGCGACUGGAACUACUACGUCCUCUCAGAGUAGCUGUUGUUAGCCGGGGUCCUGACACAGAACUUCUAGUUGCAAACCCUGUGGAAUUAUGUAGCAAGGGCCGGCCUCUUGUUUUCCAUGAUAUCACCCUUGCUCUCACAAGGCUCAACACUGGGAUCUUUUCGGCUGAGAUUAGAAGGCAUUUGAUUGGAGACCGGGAAUGGGAAGUGUACAGAGUCUUACUUGAUGAAGGAGAUGGUUUGUCGGUUCCGAGAAAGAAGAUUGAGGAAGGAGUUUGGAAGAUGUUGAUGGGAUGGGAGUGAUAAACAGUUUCAGCAAACAUGAUCAUCUUGGAUGGCCAUGGGCUCGUGUAUAGCAUAUUUAUCUAUAUUACCAUAUCCAUUAGGUGUAAAUGAUGGGUAAAUGUUGUUAAAAGGUCAAGCUGUUCCACAUCCUAUUUUAUAGCUUCUGUCAUGCUAAUUCUGUAGUUUAUGGAAAAUGAUAAAAUGCAGAAAAUAGACUAGUAAGGUUCCUGUGACAUUUGUAUAGUAGAAUUGUUGUAAAUAGGCAGAUAAUAGAGCCAUUACAUUAAUUA